ACGAACCAGCAAUGUUUUGGUUACUGGCCCAACGCUCUAACCGCUAGGCUACCUGCCACCCUUUAUAUAUUUACAUUUUGUUACCAAUAAACUAAUGCAGAUAGAUUCUACCCCCUGUCUGUGUGUACCUGUCAGGUUCCUGGAGAGCCAGCUGCGGAGCCAGCACUCUCAGGAGGAGGCGGAGUUGGAGGCCCUGAGGCUGCAGGUUAAACUGACCUGCUCUGAACCAUCCUCCACUGCACACCAGCAGGUAGGGCCACAUUUCAGUGGUCUGGUAUCUUGAGGUGGAUUACAGGUGGAUUACAGUGCAGAUACUGUAACUUUGGGCACCACUGCCCAAAGACAAGACCCGGUUCCUCUGCAUUGCUGCUGUCAAUGCCAUGAAGGGGGCUCUGAAGGUAUACACACACACACACACACACUCUUAUCCAUUCUUAUCCGAUCGUUAUGUUUAUCUCCUAUCGGAAACACUGUAAUGAUGUGGAUAUGACAGCACUGUGGCUGAAGAACACCUCACACACAGGAUUAAAAUGCUGUAUAUGUGAAGGAUCUCUAGGAUGGCGCUGUGGAUCUGGUGCCAUUGACCUUUUACCUCACUGACUUUUUACCUCAUUGACCUGAACCGUGCUCUGAGUGACCUCUUUAUCCAGGACUAUCAGCAGCUCCUGCCCAUCUCCGAGAGCCGCCUGCAGCCCACCAUCGGUACGACUGACUAAUGAUAGAACGAUAUGAAAAUCAUCCAACAACCAACCAACUCAGCCAACAACCAACCAACUCAGCCAACAACCAACCAACUAACUCUGCCAACUAAACCUUUUCUUCCCAUCCUGCAAUAGCUCAUAUGUAUUAACAUUUAAUAUUAUGUAUUAACAUGUAAACAUUAAUAGCUCAUGUUCACCUUUACCCCCACCCUGCUCUCCCGCUUCCCUCCCUCCCUCCCCCCUCUCUCCAUCCACAGUUGCUGCCAUGCUGGAGAGUGAGAAGAUCCCAGGACUGUCUGGGUCGGAGGUGAAGCUGAGGGGCUUUAAGAAGCGUGCAGGAUCUGACCCCAGGGACAGGGGUGGCCCCCAGUAUGGCUGCGGUGCUGAGGGAGCUGGGUGCUCUCCACACGGCCCUGUUCCGCCAGGCCCUGCCUUCCACCCUGAUGGAGCCUUCAGCCAGCUCACCCAUCUCCUCUCUGCCUCUGCCCUCAACAGCCUGUUGCUGCACAAGGACAUGUGGAGCUGGAGCUGGAGGCCUGCAGAUAAGGGUCUGCUGAAGGAGCGUUGCUGAAGGACGUACAGCGUGUGUUCACUGUCACGUUCCCCUACCUGCUGCCCCAGACCAUCCGCUCUGACCAGCUGGACAUCCCAGACUCCCUUAAGAUGUGUUUCCUGCAACGGGCCUGAGAGGAAGCAGUAGUUAUACAGGUCUUUCACUGUGGAUUACAAAUCUUGGUACUGCUGCAGAAGUCUUUUCUCUGCAGGAUAUACAGUAUAUCAAAGUAAUACGUGAGUAAUGUGUGUGUAAUUGUCUUAUUUUGCAUUACUCCUUCUAUCAGUAGCACAUGUACAAGCACAAUAUUACUCAAUGAGCUAUUAGAAUGCUCAUAUGGAUUCUAUUCUUAUCUGUUUCAUAGUAUUGAUUUUUGACAGACAUUUCCUUAUCUGUACUAAGAUUACAGUAUUGCCUGUCUGCUACUAGACAUUUCCUUAUUGGAGGCAUCCCACCUACCUCAAUGCCUACCUAUGUGUACAUUGGAAAUGUGUGCUUAAUACAUUUAGAAAUUGGUAAUAUGUUCCAGAUAUCAGAAUACAUUAUUAUAAUUAUACAAAUGUAAACAUAAUCGUGUACAUAUGUUUCUCACUCUGAUCCAAAUGGACACUUUGAAAAUGAGAGAUUUUCUCUAACAUUUUAUUGGAAGCAGAAACACAGCAAUGCUGCACCCCCCCCAUACACACCCCAAUAAGAACACCCAGAAUAAAACUAAAUAGAAACCUUCAGUAUAAAAAAAUCUUCUCAUGCGAGUACUUUGUAACAGUCACACAUCAU